AUGGCUGCUGUUUGCCUUCAGCUGCUGCUCGCUGCCCCCCUGUGGUCGAUGCCCCAUGUGGGAGCUGCUGCUGCCGCGUGGUCGAGCUCCACCGAGCUGCUCAACGCCACCAGAGCUGCAGCUGAGGCCCAGUCUGACUCCAGGAUGCUUCCUGCUGGCACUGCUUCCAGAAGCAGACGCAAGAGAGCCCUGUCCUCCAGAGAGGUCACGGCCCUGCUGGAUUACCACAACCGGGUCCGCUCGCAGGUUUUCCCCCCUGCUGCUAAUAUGGAGUUCAUGCUGUGGGAUGAGGGACUGGCUCGGUCCGCCGACUCCUGGGCCUCGCUCUGCAUCUGGGAUCACGGCCCAACACAAGCCAUGAAGUACAUGGGCCAGAACCUGUCCAUCACCUCAGGAAGGUUCCAGUCGAUCACUGACCUCGUCAGGUCCUGGUACAACGAGAGGCAUCAUUUCUCUUACCCCAGCAGAUGCUCUGGAUCUGUGUGCUCGCACUAUACUCAGAUGGUGUGGGCGAGCAGCAGCCGGCUGGGAUGUGCCGUCAGGAAAUGCUCCAACGUGCAGGCGUUCGGGAGCAGCUGGAGGGAGGCGACGCUGCUGGUCUGCAACUACUCUAUAAAAGGGAACUGGGUUGGAGACGCUCCCUAUAAGACCGGCCGGCCCUGCUCCGUCUGUCCGUCCAGCUACGGUGGCUCCUGCUGGAGGAAUCAGUGCUCGACAAACAACAAGACCAGAAGACGCUCCAGAUAUUAA